AUGAUGGUGAUUAAAGGUGUAGAUGAUGAUCAAUGGUGUGAAAUAAGGCGUUCUUCACGAAAUGGAAUUUCGGUUUUCAGAAUCGGCACGAACUGGCUAUCAGGUGAAGAGCGAUCUCGGCUCGAGGCCGUGCAGCGCGACUGGCGCCUCAGCCGUCCAUAUAACGCAAAUGCCACGAAUCGACCAUGGAUUCGUGCUCGUCAUCGUGAGCAUACCACUCAAGAUGUCAGUGCUGCUGCUCCGCCCUCUGCGAAGGAAGGUGGUAAUUUAGUUGCCGCCCUAAAUAACGCCGUUGUACCAGUCACCACACAAACGAGCAUUUUCGAUCGCACCAGAAAUGCAUCAAAACCAGUUGCGUCACCAAAUGCUGGAGAUGUUGCGCCCGUGGUCAAUGAACAAGUACCUUCUGAGGUCAAAGCAGCAGUAGUGCCAACUAUAACGGAUGAAAAAGAGAAGGAGAGAAGGGAUGAAGAGGUGCGUGCGAAGGAGCAGCUUGAAGUUGAUGAUGACUUUGACGCACAAGAAAAGCCUAUUGAUAAAAGUCCUAAUGGGCGUUUCCUUAAAUUCGAUGAGGAGCUCGGUCGUGGGUCGUUCAAGACGGUGUAUCGCGGGCUUGAUACUGAAACAGGUGUGGCAGUGGCGUGGUGCGAAUUGCAAGAGAGUAAACUUAAUAGGGCAGAAAGGCAACGUUUCCGGGAAGAGGCAGAGAUGCUGAAGGAUCUCCAGCACCCCAAUAUUGUGCGAUUUUAUGACUAUUGGGAGCGCACUGAUCCGUCAGGGAAAAGAAAGUAUAUUGUGUUAGUCACGGAGUUGAUGACUUCCGGAACACUGAAAAUGUAUCUGAAACGUUUCAAGAGAAUUAAUAUCAAGGUGUUGAAGUCGUGGUGUCGGCAAAUUCUGAAGGGUCUUUCGUUUUUGCACUCUCGAAAUCCACCAGUUAUCCAUAGAGACUUGAAGUGUGACAACAUUUUCAUCACUGGAACUACGGGCAGCGUCAAAAUUGGCGAUCUGGGUCUUGCAACGCUCAAAAACAAAUCGUACGCAAAAAGUGUGAUAGGCAAGUUUUGUAUCCAAAUGCAGUUGCGAGUUUAUGAUGAGAAGAAGAGGAAACAAUAUCGAUUCAAGGAAAAUGAAGGGCUACAGUUCGCUUUUGACAUCGAGAAUGAUACAGCUGAAGAGGUUUUUCCUUCCCUUUCCGAAAAAUGUCUCAAUGUUGAUUUGCAUACGGUAGUGCAACAGAUGAUUGAGCAGCAGCACAUACCUGACGAGGAUACCAAGAUGAUUACAAAAUUGAUUAAAGAUAAGGUAGAAAGCUUCAAGAGGGAUAGGGAGUUCAAGAUUGCAGAGUUGAAGAGACAGCGUGAAGAAGAAGAACGUCAACGCGAAGAGCAAGCUAUUAAGGAAGAGAUGAAAGCUCGCGCGAAAGAGAAAGAACGUCUCGAAGCGGAACAAGUGAGCUUCAUGUCGUUUGGAACGCCUGAAUUCAUGGCACCGGAGAUGUACGAAGAAAUGUACGAUGAGUCGGUCGACGUGUAUGCUUUCGGUAUGUGUCUCCUAGAGAUGGUCACUGGAGAGUAUCCGUACACGGAAUGUCAGUUCCCAGCCCAAAUAUACCGAAAGGUCACUACGGUAGUGCAACAGAUGAUUGAGCAGCAGCACAUACCUGACGAGGAUACCAAGAUGAUUACAAAAUUGAUUAAAGAUAAGGUAGAAAGCUUCAAGAGGGAUAGGGAGUUCAAGAUUGCAGAGUUGAAGAGACAGCGUGAAGAAGAAGAACGUCAACGCGAAGAGCAAGCUAUUAAGGAAGAGAUGAAAGCUCGCGCGAAAGAGAAAGAACGUCUCGAAGCGGAACAAAGAGAGUCGGCUUCGGUAGCCUCCGCCACAGUCAAUACUGAAACAACGCAGCCACUCACUUCUCAGCAGCCUGUGGUCUCGCCUCCUAUGCCUUCGUCUACCGUGUCUUCUGUGCCGCAAACCACUGCGACUGCAGCAUCCGCAGUAUCUACUGAAAAGUCCGCUCAACAGUAUUCGACAUCUGUGCCGCCUUCGGAAGAUUUCCCUGAUGCGCAGACCAUUUCGGCACACGAGGAGAAAAAGAAAGCUAAAAGAAAGAUAGUUCUCGAAGUACUCAAAGUGGAUGAUGCUAAGGACCAGCCACUCGUUUCUUGUAAACUUGAUACUGCACACAAAACUGUCACUUUUCAAUUUGCACCAGACUCUGACAAACCGUCUGUGAUCGCUGAGAAGCUUCUAGCGGAGAACUGCCUAGCCCAGCAUCAUGUUGCUAUUGUGGAGGAUCAGUUAGAGCAAAUAAUUGCGCUAGUAAACAAAGGCGUGAGUCGUGUCGUUGGCACCAAGCUCACCACUGUUGUUGAGACACAAACCACAACAACAACCAGCACGCAGAAUAUCUCUUCGGGUCCAUCUACUGCUAGAGCCGGCGUAUCGCCAGCUCCAGUUUCGUCCCAGGUCAAUGCAACAUGCCAAACGACCACUGAAAAGGUUUCUCCAUCUGUCCAAGCUGCAACACCGGUUCCUCCAACAGUGCCGCAAGCACCUACUCCAUCGAAUACAGCGAAAGCGACUGCGUCUGCCUCGCCACCUCUUAGCAGGGUCGAGCCCCCUAAGGCCGGCGUAUCGCCAGCUCCAGUUUCGUCCCAGGUCAAGGCAACAUGCCAAACGACCACUGAAAAGGUUUCUCCAUCUGUCCAAGCUGCAACACCGGUUCCUCCAACAGUGCCGCAAGCACCUACUCCAUCGAAUACAGCGAAAGCGACUGCGUCUGCCUCGCCACCUCUUAGCAGGGUCGAGCCCCCUAAGCCGACGCUACAGUCUGUUUCGGGAAUGAGUCGUAGUGUGGAUGGUGACAGUUCGACGAGUUCGGCCACAACACCUGUACAACCAGCUAAUGUUCCGCAGUCAUCUUCGGUCCAUGUCAUUAGCACGGCUUCGUCUACAAGCACCAUUACAGCUGCUCCCGCUCAUGUGGCGAAACCCUCACGUUUCCAAGUUACUCCGUCCGUGGUUAAUGCCAUGCCUCCCGCAUCGCAUCCAACUACAACGGUUGAAACCACGACGCUUCCUCCCGUAUCUCAGGCUCAGGCACAACAGCUCAGUCCACCUGCCCCUGCUAUGCUGUCGAAUGGAUCGUCACCAAGCACCACAGCUCAUUCAAACACAUCCUCUGUGACCAGUAACACAAGUACUGGGAGCAGAUUCAAGGUGCAAAGUGUGCCAGUGCAGGCAACGCUUGCGCCGACCUCUUCCGUUGAAUCCGGCUUUUCCUCUUCAACCUCCACCCACACGGAGGCCAGCAUGUCAAGCAUGGGUUCAGCAUCGACACCAAUCGCAGUUCAGCCUCCUAUUACCACCAAUGUUGCUGCAACUAUGACGAUGCCUGUACCGAUGGUCUCACCCGCUACGAUUUCCAUUCCUACGGCGCCAACCGUUUCGUCGACUUCCUCCGUGCAAGCAACAUCUGAUGCGACAACUGCAGCCGUGGUACCUGCCACAAGUCUCAGUGUGUGUCAUGCUACAAGUACUGCUUCGCUCUCAAUUCCAACUCACGUUGCUCCCCACGUUGAUCUUUCUGCUUUACAGAAGUUAGACUCCGAAUUGAGAAAGGUCAGUGGUGUAUCAACGGUAUCUGCUGGAUGUCCUUCUGUGCAUGGGGCGAUCCCCGAGGCCAUGACGCAGUCAACAACGGCACUUGUGCACCAGGUGCACAGUGCACAUCCUGCUCUUCAUCCUACUGCCAGCCUUCCUCACACUCCUGCUCAUACUGGUGAAAUUGCUACAAAUUUGGCAGGUCUGAGUGAGAAACUCGCAGUACUCAGCCAGAUCCAACAGCAGCAACGGGAAGAGCAGCAAGUGCCUCAUCCAGUGCAGCAACCGCAAACUGCUCUACAUCAAUUGCCAACAAAUCAGCCGAGCCAACCGCCAAAGGUAAUCAAUCCGGAGCAAAGGGAGCCAACACCGUUGUCCGUUACCGAGCAUGGACGUGUAACGCCGCCACAUCACUUCACUAGUUCAACUCAAGAACUUUACCAUCUGUCCACCACCUGCUCUCUACCGUGUGCUUCUGUUGCUGCUACGUCGGAAGAUGAGUCGCCGUCUCCGGAGAGAAGACUGGGGCUGGUUAUGGAAUCAAAUGGUACAACAUCCCAAUUGUUACCCUCAAACACGGCACCAGAUCUGACGCAGCGUUUACGUGCCAUGGACAGCCUGGCUGCGUUCAAGAAUUUGGAGAGCGCCCUAUCGUGCACGCUCGGCACGUCUAGCAUGCGGCCGAGCGUCUGUCGGGACGACACAUCGACGCAUCGCGACGACGUUUCGAGCAUGUGCGGUAGCAGUGCCAUGUUUCACGUCGGUACACCACCUCUCUUCAGCCCAGUGCCGACUUCAGAAUCAGAUUUUGAUUGCCAGGCUGAAGAUGAAGACGAUGAUGAUCCGGAAAUUUUGGCGCUCAUACGAAGACAUCGCAUGCAACAACUUCACCUUCGUGAACAACAGCGGCUCGAACUCGAAGAGCUACGUGCUCGCCAGCGUCAACAGCGCAUGAUUAGAGCUGCGACUGCAGCACCAGAGGGAUCAUGUGGUGAUCCGAUGUCACAGAGCCUCCAAAGCACUCAUCAUUAUCAUCGUCACCAAGCUUCCACCUUGUCAUUGCCGGCCAGUCCACCUCCAAUCAUAUCGAAUAGUGCUGAGGCAAAGACCAUCACCUCGCCGAUUGGAUUGCUCUACGUUGGCUGCGCAGCUGCUGGCGAUUCAUGGUUCGUCGUCGUCCUCGACUCCGGCAUCCGGCUCUUCAACAACAACUGGUGA